AUGGGUUUGUCUUGUGUGCGCCAUUUUUCCUCUGACCUUAGUAUCUUCUUCUUCAUCAUCUUCUCCUUGGUCUUUGGGUUGGUGUUAGAAGUGAAUGGAGAGAGUUUGGAUUCGAAGCAGUGCGAUUUGUUUAGUGGGAGAUGGGUGAAGGAUGAGACGUACCCACUUUACCAACUCGCCAUGUGUCCGGUGACGGAGAAAGGGUUCCGCUGCGAAUCCAAUGGUCGCCGGGAUCACACUUAUACCCACUACAGAUGGCAGCCAAGUGCCUGCAAUUUACUAAGAUUUGAUGGGCGAGAUUUUCUGGAGAAGAUGAGGGGGAAGAGCAUCAUGUUUGUGGGAGAUUCACUGAGCAGGAAUCAAUGGUACUCUCUGAUUUGCAUGCUUCAUUCAGCAGUGCCCAAUGCCAGUUAUACUCAGUGUAGAGUUGGAAAAGUUUCUACAUUUACAUUUACGGAGUAUGAAGUUAACGUGAUGAUACAUAGGAACGUGUAUCUAGUUGAUCUUGUCCAAGAGAAAUUCGGCAAGGUGUUGAAGCUUGAUUCAAUAGAUCAAGCAAGCAAGUGGUGGAAAGGGAUUGAUAUGCUUAUCUUCAACACAUGGCACUGGUGGAACCGUAAGGGACUCACUCAAAUAUGGGAUUAUAUCCAAGUGGGAAGUAAAAUUGUGAAAGACAUGGAUCGAAUGAAGGCUUAUGAAGAAGCACUUAAGACCUGGGCUGCAUGGGUUGAUGCCAACGUAGACCCUAGAAAAGUGAGGGUCUUCUUUCAAGGAACUUCUCCAACUCACUUCGAUGGGAAGGACUGGAAUAAACCAAAUGAAAGCUGUAAUGGGCAGCAGACACCAUUGCCAGGAUCAACAUAUCCCGCAGGAUUGCCACCAGCUUUGGGCGUCUUAAAGAAUGUUCUAAGUAGAAUGAAGAAACCAGUUACCCUUCUUGACAUCACAACCCUCUCACAGCUUCGAAUCGAUGGACACCCUUCCAUUUAUUUUGGUGACGUUGGAUCCACCGGAUCAGAUUGCAUCCAUUGGUGUCUUCCUGGAAUUCCAGAUACUUGGAAUCAGAUCUUUUACAACCUUAUUUGA